AGGUCAUAGCACCUUCCUGAGAGCUACAGCUUUUUUCCUCAUCUUGAAGAUAAUCCUAGAAAGUUCAUAAAAUGUGUGAUGCCUUUGUGGGUACCUGGAAACUUACCUCCAGUGAAAACUUUGAUGAUUACAUGAAAGAAGUGGGGGUGGGCUUUGCCACUAGAAAAGUGGCUGGCAUGGCCAAACCCAACAUGAUCAUCAGUGUGAAUGGGGAUGUGAUCACCAUUAAAUCAGAAAGCACCUUUAAAAACACUGAGAUUUCCUUCAAACUGGGCCAGGAAUUUGAGGAAGUUACUGCAGAUGACAGAAAAGUCAAGAGCAUCAUAACCUUAGAUGGAGGUGUCCUGGUACAGGUGCAGAAGUGGGAUGGGAAAUCAACCACCAUAAAGAGAAAACGAGUGGACGAUAAACUGGUAGUGGAAUGUGUCAUGAAAGGUGUUACUUCUACCAGAAUUUAUGAGAGAGCAUAAUUCAAGGAACAGCGAGCUGAAGUUUGCAUCGAACUUCCAUUGGAUAUAUUGUCCAAACAUAUAUUGUUAUUUUCUACUAAUUAGCAAGCAACUAAUUUACCCCAAACUGAUUUUAUUCAAUGUGGAUGUGUUCGUUAAAUAAAACUUUUUAGGUUUAGAAGGUGAUGUAAUGAUUUAUUGUGCUGGAUCAUUUCUUACUCAUAAUCCAAUGAAGGAAAUAGAAAACUGUGUUUUUGUUUUGUUUCUCAUGGAAGUCAUAUGAUUUUUCAUGGUAAUCCAAGGCA